AUGGCUUCCCUGCUGGCUUGGGGAUGCUCGAUGCUCGUGUUAGCGUCCGCGAGCGUGGGCCCGCUGGAGCCUUUCACCAUUCGCUCUGCGAAGCUGCAGAAGUGCGUCACGUUGAGGAUGUCAUGGUUCCUGGCCUUGGUGGAUUGUGAUGAUGAUUUGGCCACCAGCCGCCAAGUUUGGUACUGGAACCAGACUUGGCUUGUGAACCGGCAGCGCAAGCGCAGCGGAGCGUACACCGCGUGCACAAAUUUCUACCCAGCUUUUUAUGCUCAUCAUUCAAGGCCCUUGCGAGGCAACGCCUGUGAAGAGGGUCGACUCUUCAUGGACUGGGUCUGGCAAGACGGCCGUGUCAUAAACCCCCACACUGGGCAUUGUUUUGACCUUCCAGGGAUGAACUUUUCCGACGUUGAUGGGUACACGUCAUUUGCCCGACAAGCCGUUGUACCAGUGCAGCUUGGGAAAGUGGACCUUGCAGAUGAUGACCAACUCUUCCAUCUGGUUUCCUUGCCAGGUUUGGGGACACCGCCUGCUUUUGAACCGCUGACCGCUGAAACCAGCGAGCUCCAACACAAGCCGGAAUCCGACGACAGGCCUGGCUUUUUUCCAAGUUGCCCUGAUGGAUGUGCUGGAGAGCGUCACUUUUGCCCAUCUGAGCAACGAAGAAUCGAGUCUGAUCCUUGCCAGGGCGGCACUGUUCGCAAUCGAGCUGUGUGUGCGCCUGGCUACUUUGUGCACAUCCCAGGAGUCCAACUCUUCGACAACGAUGGCACAUGGUCCUACAACUGCUGCUUGGGUGAGGACGGUGAGAAGCAAUUUGGGGACUGGGUGUACAUGGAGCCACUGGCCAUAACUCUUCUGGUGCUCGGAAUCAUGGGCAUACUGGCAUCAUUUGUGCUGAAACGCUGCUUCACGCGCAGCAUUGCACCUCCCACCGAUGACGACCGUCACUUGGUGGAACAUCCUCCAGUGCUAGAUGGCGCACUCCUCCACCGAACUGUGCCUCAGGAAAAAUGGGGCCUGACACUGGGAGACUUAAGGCAGUUUAAACGACUUGUGCACGACGCUGUGAUGAAGGGAAUCAUCAAGCCCCACGACCGUGAUCAAUUUCUACCCUCCGACACCAGUUGCGGGCCCUCAAUGUACACCGUGACUGAGCAAUUCAUCAAGCCGGUGACAGCAGCCGCCGGGAACGUCAGCUGGGCAUUGCUGAAACAUCCUGAAGGUUUGCUCUGUGAUGUAUUUCUUACGCAUGGCUGGGCCGAAGGCAUCUAUGAGUUUAUCGACAAGGUCGAGAACUCGUGGCCUCGGGGAGGUACUGCAGCCUACGUGUGUUUCUUAUCCAACCCGCAGAACCUCGACAUCUCCGAUUUGAUAGGAAGCCCAAGAGAGUCACCGUUUGCCAGAGCUUUGGCACGUUCAAGCUCCAUGCUUGUAGUCCCAAAUCAUGUCAGCAGCAUCUACUCACGUAUUUGGUGUGUGUAUGAAGCAUUCCUCGCCCACUCCUGGCAGAAGCCAAUUCGGGUGGCUCAAGCUCCGGUGCCAACGUGGUCAGACAUGCUGCAAGUCUCUUGCGUUGGCCUUGUAGCUCUUGCUGCGGGACUUAUCACCGUCAUUUCACAAGCUGCCUACUUUGGCCUUGCUCCGACAGCUGUGCAACAGCUGCGGGAUGUGCGCCGUGCAUUCUUCAUAUCAUCUGCAGCCUCUGGCUGUGGAGUUGGGUUUCUUUUCGUGAUGAGGAAGCAUCAUUGGAGGACAUGCCAGCUUGCAAUCUAUGUGUUUGCCAUUUGCUCGGAUGCAUUCUCGGCCAUCAACAUCUGCUUGGAUGGCCUCACGGAUGUUCCUGUGCUAUUUCCAUGUGUCUUGUCGCUAGCUGCAGUUCUUGCGCUGGUGGGAGACCGAUUGCGGGCGGUGGAGGCUGCUCGACAAGCUCAGCAGCUGCGCAGAGGCUUCACAGGAACGGUUCGAGAUGCCGAGAGCUCCGACGAAGCGGAUAGGCGAAACAUCAUGAUGGAGAUUAGUCAAACUGGGCAGUUGAACGCCGUGGAUGAGGUGGUGGAUACAUUGUUGACCAUGAACAUCUCCACGAGAGAGUUGCGCCUAGUGACACAGCGAGCUGGGCAACUUGGAAAUGGUUCGGGCUGGAGCAGAUCAUUGUUCACGGCGUCUUCGGCCUAUUUGGUCUUCCAGUGCUACCAAGUCAGGCUUAUAGGCACGACGGAGGUGACGGAAGACAAGACAUGCCUGUGGCCUCGCCCAUGCAUGAAGAAGUCGGUGUCGGAUGGCCGGCAGAUGGUGAAUUGGCACGAAAAGCAGCGAGAUGAGUGCCGCGGCGGUUGCUUUCCUGUCACCAUGGAACGCUGGAUGGCAGGUUGGAACCAGCAUGCUCAGAUGCACCGGCGCCUCCCCUUGCCGAGAAGGUGCAUAUGGUCGGUUCACAAUCACGACAGACCUGUCGACGACGAUGGUGUAGAGGCUAUUUUUGCCUUCAUGGAAGAGCGCAAGCGCAGGGAUGCGGGACGUGUUCGUGGUUGCAUGUCCACCGACGGCAACGGACGUCAAUUUCCUGAAGAUGGCCUCUUUCAAGAAGGCCAGAAGGCAAAGAAGAGCCGCAUGGCCAAGAAGGAGAGCCCCUCACGAGGCUCUGCAUCUGGCUGUGCUCCAAAGAAAGAGCACGCCGAGCUGCCGAGCCGAGCUGAAGGAGCAAGGGCCUCCAGCUGCAGAAGCACAGUGAAGGCAGUCUUGAAGUUGACCAUUGAAGUUGACCUUGGGCUGCGCUUUCAUUCCUGGGUCCCAGGGGCAGAAGGUGCCGAGGAGACGUUUUUUGCAGGCUCGCGUGGCGUCAUGGAACACUUGAAGCGGCGGCUCGGCACAGGUCUCUGCCUUGGGCUGUGCUUGGCGAUGUUUUCCGAAGGACAUUCCUGGAGUGUGGCUGGCACAGGGGAGCCGGGCGUAGAUAGUGACAUGGAGAUUGGAAUCCAAGUGAGCCUGGAACAUGCGCUUGUGGCAAGUAUCGAGCAGCUCAGCAGGCCCGAGCUCAUGACACUGUGGGCAUGUCUCGUGGAGCAGAGCUGCGCGCAGUUCGCCUUGUUCGUGACACUGAAGAUCAUCGGCGUCCUGGUCGCCCUGUACUUCUUUCUGGCAGGUCUGAGCUUGAUGGGAGGAUCUUUCGGUGCUCUUGGAGGCAAGGGAGCAGGCGAGCUCUUCACGAUCACUGACAACCCCAUCGCAGGUCUCAUGGUGGGAGUGUUGGCCACAGUCCUGGUGCAGUCAUCCUCCACCAGCACAAGCAUCGUGGUGGGUUUGGUGGGUGCCGAUGUGUUGACUCCGCGCCAGGCAAUCCCAAUCAUCAUGGGCGCCAACAUCGGAACAUCGGUGACCAACACCAUCGUGUCAAUGGCACAUGCGGGAGAUCGCCUGGAACUGGAGCGUGCCUUCUCCGGAGCAACCGUGCACGACAUGUUCAACAUGCUUUCCGUCCUGACGCUGCUCCCGUUGGAGAUCAUCACUGCCGCCAUCUCCGGAGAAGGAGGCCUGCUCUAUUGGAUCUCCCGGGGCUUGACGGAAGCAGCCGUUGGCGGAGCAGAGACGGACCUGACCUUCCCAUCCCCAACCAAGGAGAUUGUGAGCCCAUUGGUGAAGGCAUUCCUGUCCAAGGACAAGAACGUCGUGAAGGCCUUGUCCUUUGGUGAGCCUCCUGCCUACACAAUGCCCUCAGGCUCCGGCACGUACUACUGCGUGAGUUCAGCCAUGAGCUCGGCUUGGAAGAAGGUUGCGGAGGAUGCCUACGAGGGCUUGACAAGCUGCAGUGGCUUCGCAAACGAAUGUGCUGACGGUAGCAGCUGCUACACGGAUGCCGGCGACUACUACACGAAUGAGAUUGCUGGUGCCAGGCUCAUCGGCAAGGGCUUCCUGAAAGAGGCAGGCGACGUGGCGGGCGGCAUCAUCGGGCUCAUCAUUUCGCUGGUGGUGCUGUGCACUGCUUUGUACGUCUUGGUGCGGCUCUUGCAGAGCCUCGUGAUGGGCCAGGCAAAGAAGGUGAUCAUGAAGGGCACCAACAUGAACGACUACUUGGCCAUGUUGCUAGGUCUGGUGAUCACGAUCAUUGUGCAGUCAAGCUCUGUGACCACGUCUGCCUUGACUCCUCUUGUUGGCAUCGGAGUUCUUCCUGUGCACAAGAUGUUGCCCAUGACUCUUGGGGCCAACAUCGGCACAACCUGCACUUCCAUCCUGGCUGCCUUUGCUGUCAUGAAGUUCAACAGCAUCCAGAUUGCCUUCUGCCACCUGCUCUUCAAUCUGAUUGGGAUCCUCAUCUGGUUCCCAGUGCCUCUGAUGCGCAGGGUGAUUGUGCGAGCCGCUUGCACCCUUGGCUUCUACGCCUCAUACUGGCGCCUGGUGCCCCUCAUCUACAUCCUGGUGAUGUUCGUGGCCGUGCCAGGUGUUUCCCUGGGCAUUUCUUUGCUCUAUUCAGCCAGCGUGGCUGCAGGCGUCGUUUGCACAAUCCUGGCUCUGGGUGUAGUGGGUGCAUUCAUCUACUGGUGGGUGCGCAUGGGUGGCUGCUACAAGGUCGUGAGCCAGGAGGAGCGGGACGCACGCAAGGCCGAGAUCGAGGAGGAGAUGGGUGUUGCGGGUGAGAAGAAGGCAGCUCCAGAAGACGCAGAACCUUGUUAUUUGAAGGGGGCCGAGGGGCUGGAACUCCGGCAGUACGCUCUUCGAUGUAUCUAUGUGCAGCCCUUCUACUGUGUAGGUAAUGACAUGGAGAUUGGAAUCCAAGUGAGCCUGGAACAUGCGCUUGUGGCAAGUAUCGAGCAGCUCAGCAGGCCCGAGCUCAAGACACUGUGGGCAUGUCUCGUGGAGCAGAGCUGCGCGCAGUUCGCCUUGUUCGUGACACUGAAGAUCAUCGGCGUCCUGGUCGCCCUGUACUUCUUUCUGGCAGGUCUGAGCUUGAUGGGAGGAUCUUUCGGUGCUCUUGGAGGCAAGGGAGCAGGCGAGCUCUUCACGAUCACUGACAACCCCAUCGCAGGUCUCAUGGUGGGAGUGUUGGCCACAGUCCUGGUGCAGUCAUCCUCCACCAGCACAAGCAUUGUGGUGGGUUUGGUGGGUGCCGAUGUGUUGACUCCGCGCCAGGCAAUCCCAAUCAUCAUGGGCGCCAACAUCGGAACAUCGGUGACCAACACCAUCGUGUCAAUGGCACAUGCGGGAGAUCGCCUGGAACUGGAGCGUGCCUUCUCCGGAGCAACCGUGCACGACAUGUUCAACAUGCUUUCCGUCCUGACGCUGCUCCCGUUGGAGAUCAUCACUGCCGCCAUCUCCGGAGAAGGAGGCCUGCUCUAUUGGAUCUCCCGGGGCUUGACGGAAGCAGCCGUUGGCGGAGCAGAGACGGACCUGACCUUCCCAUCCCCAACCAAGGAGAUUGUGAGCCCAUUGGUGAAGGCAUUCCUGUCCAAGGACAAGAACGUCGUGAAGGCCUUGUCCUUUGGUGAGCCUCCUGCCUACACAAUGCCCUCAGGCUCCGGCACGUACUACUGCGUGAGUUCAGCCAUGAGCUCGGCUUGGAAGAAGGUUGCGGAGGAUGCCUACGAGGGCUUGACAAGCUGCAGUGGCUUCGCAAACGAAUGUGCUGACGGUAGCAGCUGCUACACGGAUGCCGGCGACGUGGCGGGCGGCAUCAUCGGGCUCAUCAUUUCGCUGGUGGUGCUGUGCACAGCUCUGUACGUCUUGGUGCGGCUCUUGCAGAGCCUCGUGAUGGGCCAGGCAAAGAAGGUGAUCAUGAAGGGCACCAACAUGAACGACUACUUGGCCAUGUUGCUAGGUCUGGUGAUCACGAUCAUUGUGCAGUCGAGCUCUGUGACCACGUCUGCCUUGACUCCUCUUGUUGGCAUCGGAGUUCUUCCUGUGCACAAGAUGUUGCCCAUGACUCUUGGGGCCAACAUCGGCACAACCUGCACUUCCAUCCUGGCUGCCUUUGCUGUCAUGAAGUUCAACAGCAUCCAGAUUGCCUUCUGCCACCUGCUCUUCAAUCUGAUUGGGAUCCUCAUCUGGUUCCCAGUGCCUGUGAUGCGCAGGGUGAUUGUGCGAGCCGCCUGCACCCUUGGCUUCUACGCCUCAUACUGGCGCCUGGUGCCCCUCAUCUACAUCCUGGUGAUGUUCGUGGCCGUGCCAGGUGUUUCCCUGGGCAUUUCUUUGCUCUAUUCAGCCAGCGUGGCUGCAGGUGUCGUUUGCACAAUCCUGGCUCUGGGUGUAGUGGGCGCAUUCAUCUACUGGUGGGUGCGCUUGGGCGGCUGCUACAAGGUCGUGAGCCAGGAGGAGCGGGACGCACGCAAGGCCGAGAUCGAGGAGGAGAUGGGUGUUGCGGGUGAGAAGAAGGCAGCUCCAGAAGAUGCAGAACCUUGUUAUUUGAAGGGGGCCGAGGGGCUGGAACUCCGGCAGUACGCUCUUCGAUGUAUCUAUGUGCAGCCCUUCUGCUGUGUAGGUAAUGACAUGGAGAUUGGAAUCCAAGUGAGCCUGGAACAUGCGCUUGUGGCAAGUAUCGAGCUCAGCAGGCCCGAGCUCAAGACACUGUGGGCAUGUCUCGUGGAUCCACAGUUUUGUUUUUUGCACGUGCAGUGCCUCUGUCGAUCAAAGUUUGAGAGACCCUUGUCGCGUGCGAAAGGCCUGUCAAGAAGGUUUUGCCUGAAGCUUCUUGGCUCAAAACAGCGCGCUCGAUCUCAGCCUAUCCGCGUCAUCGCACGCCCGCUCAAGAUGGCUGAAGAGACGAAGGAGCAGAGCUGUGCGCAGUUCGCCUUGUUCGUGACGCUGAAGAUCAUCGGCGUCCUGGUCGCCCUGUACUUCUUUCUGGCAGGUCUGAGCUUGAUGGGAGGAUCUUUCGGUGCUCUUGGAGGCAAGGGAGCAGGCGAGCUCUUCACGAUCACUGACAACCCCAUCGCAGGUCUCAUGGUGGGAGUGUUGGCCACAGUCCUGGUGCAGUCAUCCUCCACCAGCACAAGCAUCGUGGUGGGUUUGGUGGGUGCCGAUGUGUUGACUCCGCGCCAGGCAAUCCCAAUCAUCAUGGGCGCCAACAUCGGAACAUCGGUGACCAACACCAUCGUGUCAAUGGCACAUGCGGGAGAUCGCCUGGAACUGGAGCGUGCCUUCUCCGGAGCAACCGUGCACGACAUGUUCAACAUGCUUUCCGUCCUGACGCUGCUCCCGUUGGAGAUCAUCACUGCUGCAAUCUCCGGUGAAGGAGGCCUGCUCUAUUGGAUCUCCCGGGGGUUGACGGAAGCAGCCGUUGGCGGAGCAGAGACGGACCUGACCUUCCCAUCCCCAACCAAGGAGAUUGUGAGCCCAUUGGUGAAGGCAUUCCUGUCCAAGGACAAGAACGUCGUGAAGGCCUUGUCCUUUGGUGAGCCUCCUGCCUACACGAUGCCCUCAGGCUCCGGCACGUACUACUGCGUGAGUUCAGCCAUGAGCUCGGCUUGGAAGAAGGUUGCGGAGGAUGCCUACGAGGGCUUGACAAGCUGCAGUGGCUUCGCAAACGAAUGUGCUGACGGUAGCAGCUGCUACACGGAUGCCGGCGACUACUACACCAACGAGAUUGCCGGUGCCAGGCUCAUCGGCAAGGGCUUCCUGAAAGAGGCAGGCGACGUGGCGGGCGGCAUCAUCGGGCUCAUCAUUUCGCUGGUGGUGCUGUGUACAGCUCUGUACGUCUUGGUGCGGCUCUUGCAGAGCCUCGUGAUGGGCCAGGCAAAGAAGGUGAUCAUGAAGGGCACCAACAUGAACGACUACUUGGCCAUGUUGCUAGGUCUGGUGAUCACGAUCAUUGUGCAGUCAAGCUCUGUGACCACGUCUGCCUUGACUCCUCUUGUUGGCAUCGGAGUUCUUCCUGUGCACAAGAUGUUGCCCAUGACUCUUGGGGCCAACAUCGGCACAACCUGCACUUCCAUCCUGGCUGCCUUUGCUGUCAUGAAGUUCAACAGCAUCCAGAUUGCCUUCUGCCACCUGCUCUUCAAUCUGAUUGGGAUCCUCAUCUGGUUCCCAGUGCCUGUGAUGCGCAGGGUGAUUGUGCGAGCCGCCUGCACCCUUGGCUUCUACGCCUCAUACUGGCGCCUGGUGCCCCUCAUCUACAUCCUGGUGAUGUUCGUGGCCGUGCCAGGUGUUUCCCUGGGCAUUUCUUUGCUCUAUUCAGCCAGCGUGGCUGCAGGUGUCGUUUGCACAAUCCUGGCUCUGGGUGUAGUGGGCGCAUUCAUCUACUGGUGGGUGCGCUUGGGCGGCUGCUACAAGGUCGUGAGCCAGGAGGAGCGGGACGCACGCAAGGCCGAGAUCGAGGAGGAGAUGGGUGUUGCGGGUGAGAAGAAGGCAGCUCCAGAAGAUGCAGAACCUUGUUAUUUGAAGGGGGUCGAGGGGCUGGAACUCCGGCAGUACGCUCUUCGAUGUAUCUAUGUGCAGCCCUUCUGCUGUGUAGGUACUGACAUGGAGAUUGGAAUCCAAGUGAGCCUGGAACAUGCGCUUGUGGCAAGUGUCGAGCAGCUCAGCAGGCCCGAGCUCAAGACACUGUGGGCAUGUCUCGUGGAGCAGAGCUGCGCGCAGUUCGCCUUGUUCGUGACACUGAAGAUCAUCGGCGUCCUGGUCGCCCUGUACUUCUUUCUGGCAGGUCUGAGCUUGAUGGGAGGAUCUUUCGGUGCUCUUGGAGGCAAGGGAGCAGGCGAGCUCUUCACGAUCACUGACAACCCCAUCGCAGGUCUCAUGGUGGGAGUGUUGGCCACAGUCCUGGUGCAGUCAUCCUCCACCAGCACAAGCAUCGUGGUGGGUUUGGUGGGUGCCGAUGUGUUGACUCCGCGCCAGGCAAUCCCAAUCAUCAUGGGCGCCAACAUCGGAACAUCGGUGACCAACACCAUCGUGUCAAUGGCACAUGCGGGAGAUCGCCUGGAACUGGAGCGUGCCUUCUCCGGAGCAACCGUGCACGACAUGUUCAACAUGCUUUCCGUCCUGACGCUGCUCCCGUUGGAGAUCAUCACUGCCGCCAUCUCCGGUGAAGGAGGCCUGCUCUAUUGGAUCUCCCGGGGGUUGACGGAAGCAGCCGUUGGCGGAGCAGAGACGGACCUGACCUUCCCAUCCCCAACCAAGGAGAUUGUGAGCCCAUUGGUGAAGGCAUUCCUGUCCAAGGACAAGAACGUCGUGAAGGCCUUGUCCUUUGGUGAGCCUCCUGCCUACACGAUGCCCUCAGGCUCCGGCACGUACUACUGCGUGAGUUCAGCCAUGAGCUCGGCUUGGAAGAAGGUUGCGGAGGAUGCCUACGAGGGCUUGACAAGCUGCAGUGGCUUCGCAAACGAAUGUGCUGACGGUAGCAGCUGCUACACGGAUGCCGGCGACUACUACACCAACGAGAUUGCCGGUGCCAGGCUCAUCGGCAAGGGCUUCCUGAAAGAGGCAGGCGACGUGGCGGGCGGCAUCAUCGGGCUCAUCAUUUCGCUGGUGGUGCUGUGUACAGCUCUGUACGUCUUGGUGCGGCUCUUGCAGAGCCUCGUGAUGGGCCAGGCAAAGAAGGUGAUCAUGAAGGGCACCAACAUGAACGACUACUUGGCCAUGUUGCUAGGCCUGGUGAUCACGAUCAUUGUGCAGUCAAGCUCUGUGACCACGUCUGCCUUGACUCCUCUUGUUGGCAUCGGAGUUCUUCCUGUGCACAAGAUGUUGCCCAUGACUCUUGGGGCCAACAUCGGCACAACCUGCACUUCCAUCCUGGCUGCCUUUGCUGUCAUGAAGUUCAACAGCAUCCAGAUUGCCUUCUGCCACCUGCUCUUCAAUCUGAUUGGGAUCCUCAUCUGGUUCCCAGUGCCUGUGAUGCGCAGGGUGAUUGUGCGAGCCGCCUGCACCCUUGGCUUCUACGCGUCAUACUGGCGCCUGGUGCCCCUCAUCUACAUCCUGGUGAUGUUCGUGGCCGUGCCAGGUGUUUCCCUGGGCAUUUCUUUGCUCUAUUCAGCCAGCGUGGCUGCAGGUGUCGUUUGCACAAUCCUGGCUCUGGGUGUAGUGGGCGCAUUCAUCUACUGGUGGGUGCGCAUGGGUGGCUGCUACAAGGUCGUGAGCCAGGAGGAGCGGGACGCACGCAAGGCCGAGAUCGAGGAGGAGAUGGGUGUUGCGGGUGAGAAGAAGGCAGCUCCAGAAGACGCAGAACCUUGUUAUUUGAAGGGGGUCGAGGGGCUGGAACUCCGGCAGUACGCUCUUCGAUGUAUCUAUGUGCAGCCCUUCUGCUGUGUAGGUAAUGACAUGGAGAUUGGAAUCCAAGUGAGUGACAGCCUGCAGCGCUGCUUCUCAGAGCAGAGCUGCGCGCAGUUCGCCUUGUUCGUGACACUGAAGAUCAUCGGCGUCCUGGUCGCCCUGUACUUCUUUCUGGCAGGUCUGAGCUUGAUGGGAGGAUCUUUCGGUGCUCUUGGAGGCAAGGGAGCAGGCGAGCUCUUCACGAUCACUGACAACCCCAUCGCAGGUCUCAUGGUGGGAGUGUUGGCCACAGUCCUGGUGCAGUCAUCCUCCACCAGCACAAGCAUCGUGGUGGGUUUGGUGGGUGCCGAUGUGUUGACUCCGCGCCAGGCAAUCCCAAUCAUCAUGGGCGCCAACAUCGGAACAUCGGUGACCAACACCAUCGUGUCAAUGGCACAUGCGGGAGAUCGCCUGGAACUGGAGCGUGCCUUCUCCGGAGCAACCGUGCACGACAUGUUCAACAUGCUUUCCGUCCUGACGCUGCUCCCGUUGGAGAUCAUCACUGCCGCCAUCUCCGGAGAAGGAGGCCUGCUCUAUUGGAUCUCCCGGGGCUUGACGGAAGCAGCCGUUGGCGGAGCAGAGACGGACCUGACCUUCCCAUCCCCAACCAAGGAGAUUGUGAGCCCAUUGGUGAAGGCAUUCCUGUCCAAGGACAAGAACGUCGUGAAGGCCUUGUCCUUUGGUGAGCCUCCUGCCUACACAAUGCCCUCAGGCUCCGGCACGUACUACUGCGUGAGUUCAGCCAUGAGCUCGGCUUGGAAGAAGGUUGCGGAGGAUGCCUACGAGGGCUUGACAAGCUGCAGUGGCUUCGCAAACGAAUGUGCUGACGGUAGCAGCUGCUACACGGAUGCCGGCGACUACUACACGAAUGAGAUUGCUGGUGCCAGGCUCAUCGGCAAGGGCUUCCUGAAAGAGGCAGGCGACGUGGCGGGCGGCAUCAUCGGGCUCAUCAUUUCGCUGGUGGUGCUGUGCACUGCUUUGUACGUCUUGGUGCGGCUCUUGCAGAGCCUCGUGAUGGGCCAGGCAAAGAAGGUGAUCAUGAAGGGCACCAACAUGAACGACUACUUGGCCAUGUUGCUAGGUCUAGUGAUCACGAUCAUUGUGCAGUCGAGCUCUGUGACCACGUCUGCCUUGACUCCUCUUGUUGGCAUCGGAGUUCUUCCUGUGCACAAGAUGUUGCCCAUGACUCUUGGGGCCAACAUCGGCACAACCUGCACUUCCAUCCUGGCUGCCUUUGCUGUCAUGAAGUUCAACAGCAUCCAGAUUGCCUUCUGCCACCUGCUCUUCAAUCUGAUUGGGAUCCUCAUCUGGUUCCCAGUGCCUCUGAUGCGCAGGGUGAUCGUGCAAGCCGCCUGCACUCUUGGCUUCUACGCCUCAUACUGGCGCCUGGUGCCCCUCAUCUACAUCCUGGUGAUGUUCGUGGCCGUGCCAGGUGUUUCCCUGGGCAUUUCUUUGCUCUAUUCAGCCAGCGUGGCUGCAGGUGUCGUUUGCACAAUCCUGGCUCUGGGUGUAGUGGGCGCAUUCAUCUACUGGUGGGUGCGCAUGGGUGGCUGUUACAAGGUCGUGAGCCAGGAGGAGCGGGACGCACGCAAGGCCGAGAUCGAGGAGGAGAUGGGUGUUGCGGGUGAGAAGAAGGCAGCUCCAGAAGACGCAGGGCUGGAACUCCGGCAGUACGCUCUUCGAUGUCCCCUGCAUGCCGGCCUUGCGCGCGCUGACGGCGCGCGCGCGGUGGAUGUGAUGGUGCAAUGGGCCAUGGGUUGCAACUCAUGCAAUGCAGUAAGCCCAGCAAACUCAGUACACCCUGUCUCGUGGCCGCCACUGCACGUACUCUUGAACGGUCCUGCGCUGGGCGAAACGCAGCGCGGCCGGAACUGGCUGCCAGCUGCUUUGGAGAAGAUCCUCUGCAGCGAUAUGGUAAAGCGAAAACAUGAACGCAGCGGCAUGAGCGCAGGAUCCUUAGUGAUGUAA